AUGAGAGAUACCAUAGAUGAGAAAGAUAACAUAGAUGAGAAAGAUACCAUAGAUGAGAAAGAUGCCAUAGAUGAGAAAGAUACCAUAGAUGAGAAAGAUACCAUAGAUGAGAAAGAUACCAUAGAUGAGAAAGAUACCAUAUUUGAGAAAGAUACCAUAGAUGAGAAAGAUACCAUAGAUGAGAAAGAUACCAUAGAUGAGAAAGAUACCAUAGUUGGCAGCCCCAAAGCCCCAAUGGAAUCCACUCCUGAUGAUGCCCAGGAGGAUGCCCAUGAGGAUGCCCAGGAUGAUGCCCAGGAUGAUGCCCAGGAGGAUGCCCAGGAUGAUGCCCAGGAGGAUGCCCAGGAGGAUGCCCAAGAUGAUGCCCAGGAUGAUGCUCAGGAUGAUGCCCAGGAUGAUGUCCAGGAUGAUGCCCAGGAUGAUGCUCAGGAUGAUGCUCAGGAUGAUGCCCAGGAGGAUGCCCAUGAGGAUGCCCAGGAUGAUGCCCAGGAGGAUGCCCAGGAGGAUGCCCAGGAGGAUGCCCAAGAUGUUGCCCAGGAGGAUGCCCAGGAGGAUGCCCAGGAUGAUGCCCAGGAGAGCUCCCUCCAGACAGCUGGUAUAUCCAUUGAUUGGUUAUAG